AGAGAGAGCGUGAGAGGGAGCGCGCGCUCUGUAGUCGGUGUUUUACCGUCAGCGGGACCGGACAGACUUGUGUGGUGUUAGUUAGUGCAGCUUGGCUGCUCAGUGAGCUUGUUUUAUUUGUUUCCUGGCUUCUGUAAAAUGGGCUUCUGACAGCAGCCGGGCUGCGGGCGCCGCCGGCUCCUCCUGACCGGAAAAUGAAGCGUCUCUGUCGGAGGCUGGCGGUGGCCGUGGCGGUGCUGGUGUGGCUGGGAGCGCUGGUUUACCUGCUGGUGCUGAGCCGGAGGAGGCUGCCGGAGCUCGGUACCGGAGCAGGAGCAGGGGGAGGAGGAGGAGGAGCAGCGGGAGGCGGAGAGACAGCGUACAACCAGAUUUCGGAUGCGGAGUGGGAGGAUAUGUUGGAGGGUUUUGAUGAGCGGAGUUACCUGAACGCUCGGCGCUGGAAGCCUGGGGACGACCCGUACACCCUGUAUGCCUUCAACCAGAGAGAGAGCGAACGCAUCCCCAGCAACAGAGCGCUGAGAGACACAAGACACUACAGGUGCACCACUCUUCACUACGACUCUGAUCUUUCUCCAACCUCCAUCAUCAUCACCUUCCACAACGAGGCCAGAUCCACCCUGCUGCGCACCAUCAGGAGCGUUUUAAACCGAACCCCAGUUCAUCUCAUCCAUGAGAUCAUUCUGGUGGACGACUUCAGCGACGACGAAAGCGACUGCCAGCUUCUCACCAAACUGCCCAAAGUCAAAUGUCUUCGCAACAACAAGAGAGAAGGUCUGAUCAGGUCCAGAGUGCGGGGGGCCGAUACUGCGAGGGCCAGGGUCCUUACCUUCCUGGACAGCCACUGUGAGGUGAACAAGGACUGGCUGCCCCCCCUCCUGCAGAGGAUCAAACAGGACCCAACCCGUGUGGUCAGCCCGGUCAUUGACAUCAUCAACAUGGACACCUUUGCCUACGUGGCAGCCUCAGCUGAUCUCCGUGGAGGUUUUGAUUGGAGUCUCCAUUUUAAGUGGGAGCAGCUGUCGCCGGAACAGAGGGCUCGCCGCAUCGACCCGACUCAGCCAAUCAAGACUCCCAUCAUCGCAGGCGGACUCUUUGUGAUUGACAAGUCCUGGUUCAACCACCUCGGCAAAUAUGACACCGCCAUGGACAUCUGGGGCGGCGAGAACUUUGAGAUCUCGUUCCGGGUGUGGCAGUGUGGUGGCAGCCUGGAGAUUCUUCCCUGCAGCAGAGUGGGUCACGUCUUCAGGAAGAAACACCCGUACAUCUUCCCCGAGGGAAACGCCAACACCUACAUCAAGAACACACGUCGCACAGCGGAGGUGUGGAUGGACGACUUCCGUCUCUUUUACUACUCUGCUCGGCCUGCAGCACGAGGGAAAUCCUAUGGAGAUAUCCGAGGAAGAGUGGAACUUCGCAAGAAGCUCAAGUGCAAAUCCUUUAAGUGGUACUUGGACAACGUCUACCCAGAGCUCAAGGUCCCAGAUGACUCCGACUCUCAGUCCGGGGUGAUCAGACAGAGGCAGAACUGUCUGGAGUCUCGCAGGGUGGAGGGACAAGAGCUGCCCGUCCUCACACUGGCUCCCUGCGUAGGAACAGAGGGGGUCCCUGCCAUCAACCAGGAGUGGGUGUACACUCACGGGCAGCAGAUCCGUCAGCAGCAGCACUGUCUGUCUCUGUCCACCACCUUCCCUGCCUCCCAGGUCCUGCUGCUGCCCUGCAACAUGGCCGACGGCAAGCAGAGGUGGCAGAAGUCGGGGACUCACUUGGAGCACCUGGUCUCUCGGUUCUGUCUGGACUCGGAGAUGGCUCUGGACGGGAUGGACUCCUCACGAAUGCUGGUCAUCAGCCCCUGUGAACUGAGCGCAUACACACAGAGAUGGGAAGUCCCCUUCUCUUGACCCCUGACCUUGGGACCUAACCCUGCAAAAUCUGCCCCGUCACCCAUUCUCAGCCUCAAACACCUGGGCAGAGACAGCUGCUCAGGCGGGACUAAAGAUGCAUGAGCACGUCAUGUCAAGGUGCUGUGUCGAGGAGAGCUGAAAAGAAAGUUGAAAGUUGAAAGUUUUUGAUGCCUCUUCACUGUUUCACAUGAGAAGAAAGUGCAGAACUUGGGCAGGUCUGAUUGAGAAUCUGAGGAGGAUCUGUGCUGGAUCGAAACAUCGCUGAAGGAAGAGACACAUCAGAAAUGAAAGGUUGGUUUUGUCUGGACAGGAAAGUGUCUGUAAUUGAGGAAGUUCAAAAGUUUGGUAGAAAGUCAAACCAAGUGCACCUUAAAACCCUGAACUGUCAAAAAUUUGAGUUGCACAGAAACUUUGCUUGAGGAAAACCAUCAGUCAGAGAAUGUGUCCUGUAAUCUUUUACAGUCAAAGUGUCUGCUUUUGAGGCUGUUCAAGAAUUUGAAAAUUAAAACCAAGCACAACUGGAGUUUUUAUGUUACUUGGUCAAAUACCUGUCACUACCUUUUCUGCAGUAUACACAUCCAGAUCUUUGAAACUGACUUCUUGGUUUUGGUUUUGUCUUUUUCUAAAGACCGAAACUGAAGCACAACCAAUCUGUUGCAUCUGUUCUUGUUGUAAAUUUCAGAAUUUGAGAUUCAUUAUUUGCUUCUUGGUACAUCCAACCUGCUGCACAUCACACAGCCCUAAUCUGCUGAUGGUUAACAAGCCACUUGAUUUAACCUCUGACCUAUACCCUCUAACUCAUCUCAAAUCUGGAAACUGACAUGAAAAAAAAAACUUUUCUAAUUUCAUUCUCCAGUUACAAGAUAACCUAAAGUCACCUUUCAUCCUGUGUUGCUUUGUUCCAAAAGAGAUUAAAAGGACGACACAACCAAAAGAUAUAACGCUGGUAAAUCUGGAUCGGUGUGGAUCGGAGUCCUCGCUCAUGACUGUUUGAGAGACACUUCUAUACUGUUACUGCUGUGAAGUAUUCAAAGUGGAUCAGACAUUCUGUUGAUUGUAGGCUGUUCAGAUGAACUCAGUUUCCCUGCAAAGCCUUUGCCUGAGGCAGCGUCCUUGAUCGCAGAAGAAAAAAGGAGGAGGAGGAGGGUGGAGAAGGAAAGACACAAAGGAGGACGAGACCCAGGCUGACCCAGUGCAGGGGACAGAUGUCAUGUCAGAGUGAAACACUAGAUAUGGAGAAAAUUUAACCAGAGGAAUUUGCAUAAAUACUGGCAGACUGUUAGGUGCACAGAAAGGCAGUGAGAAGUAAUCUGUCUCAAAGAGAACAGCACGAAUGCAGUACAUCUCUCACUGUCGCUCAGCACAUUUCUGCAGCGCUUUCUGUUGCCUCGAGGAUGCAGCUGCUGCAGCUGCUUCGUAUUACACGCCUAGUGUGAAGUGCUGCUGUGCAUGUGAGAAUUUUCUAAAAGAGUUUACACUGUUUUUUCCAAACACCUUAACUUCAUCACACAGGGGGAAAAGCUUUACUCACAAUGGUGUUUCAGUUGCUCUAAUGACAAUUCCUUAGCAUCACAGAUUUAAAAGCUACCAAAACUUUUGUUGGCCACAUACCUGACAUUGUUUUUAUUUUUGAGCACACUGACAGGACAUGGGGUUGUCGUUGAUGGACAAACUACAGCUGUUGUGGAGAUCAAACCUGUGACCCUCUGGUCAUGUGACCGUCUUUGGUUUUUCAUUUCAAAUUCCAACAGAGUCGAAACACAACUGAAGUUACCCACUAACCCACAAAUGUUUAAAUGAUCAUUAAACUUCCCUAACAGACUCUGCAAGAAAACGAUGGACUUUGAAUUUUGGAACCAAAUUCUCUCCACACUUUGUCCCACCUCCCUGUGUAUUUCUCAUCUUUGAUAUCCUGUUUGUCUCCUGAAUAAAGGUUUUUUA